CCGGCUUCUUCCCGCGUCGCUCCGCAUCCCUUGACACCACCCGCCCAGUUUCCCCUGGGGUUUCUCCUCUCCAGGCUAGAAGCACUCGCGGUCAUAAGUAGAUUCAGGUGAUGUGUGUUCAUUGCUGAGUGACUCCUUCCCCACCCCACAAACUGCAGGGACAGCUGGGGACCUGCCAGGCACAGGCAUGCCAGUGCUGUCCGAAGACUCGGGUUUGCAUGAGACCCUGGCACUUCUGACCUCUCAGCUCAGGCCUGACUCCAACCACAGGGAGGAGAUGGGCUUCUUGAGGGACGUCUUCAGUGAGAAGAGCCUCAGCUAUCUGAUGAAGAUUCACGAGAAACUCCGCUAUUACGAGAGGCAGAGCCCGACCCCUGUUCUGCACAGUGCCAUGGCCCUCGCGGAGGAUGUGAUGGAGGAGUUGCAGGCCGCCUCCGUGCACAGUGACGAGAAGGAGCUGCUGCAGCUGCUGUCCACCCCCCACCUCAGGGCUGUGCUCAUGGUACACGACACAGUUGCCCAGAAGAACUUUGAUCCUGUUCUGCCCCCUCUGCCCGAUAAUAUCGACGAGGAGUUUGAGGAGGAGUCGGUGAAGAUUGUUCGCUUGGUGAAAAAUAAGGAGCCCCUGGGUGCCACUAUCCGGAGAGAUGAGCACUCAGGGGCUGUCGUGGUGGCCAGGAUCAUGCGAGGGGGCGCGGCGGACCGGAGCGGUCUGGUCCACGUCGGUGACGAGCUCCGGGAGGUGAAUGGGAUCGCUGUCCUGCACAAGCGUCCAGAUGAGAUCAGUCAGAUUCUGGCCCAGUCCCAGGGAUCCAUCACCCUCAAGAUCAUUCCUGCCACCCAGGAGGAAGACCGCUUCAAAGAGAGCAAGGUGUUCAUGCGUGCCCUCUUCCACUAUGACCCUCGGGAGGAUCGUGCCAUCCCCUGCCAGGAGGCAGGCCUGCCCUUCCAGCGGAGGCAGGUCCUGGAGGUGGUGAGCCAGGACGACCCCACCUGGUGGCAGGCCAAGAGAGUGGGAGACACUAACCUCCGAGCUGGCCUCAUCCCUUCCAAGCAGUUCCAGGAGAGGCGGCUGAGCUACCGGAGAACGACAGGCACCCUGCCAAGCCCCCAGAGCUUCAAAAAGCCCCCCUAUGAUCAGCCUUGUGACAAAGAGACCUGUGACUGUGAAGGGUACCCCAAAGGACACUAUGUGGCUGGCCUUCGGAGAAGCUUCCGGCUAGGCUGCAGGGAGAGGCUGGGUGGCUCGCAGGAGGCAAAGGUGGCUGCAGGAGCCGAGUCUCAGGAGCUGCUGACCUAUGAGGAGGUGGCCAGGUACCAACAGCAGCCUGGGGAGCGGCCCCGCCUGGUGGUUCUGAUUGGGUCUCUGGGAGCCCAACUGCAUGAGCUGAAGCAAAGGGUGGUGGCCGAGGACCCCCAACACUUUGGUGUUGCAGUUCCACACACCACCAGGCCCCGGAAGAGCCAUGAGAAGGAAGGGGUGGAGUAUCAUUUUGUCUCCAAGCAAGCGUUCGAGGCUGACUUGCAUCAUAACAAAUUCCUGGAACAUGGUGAAUAUAAGGAGAAUCUCUAUGGGACCAGCCUGGAGGCCAUUCAGGCUGUUAUGGCCAAAAACAAAGUUUGCUUGGUGGAUGUAGAACCGGAAGCACUAAGACAUCUGAGGACCCCCGAGUUUAAACCCUAUAUUAUAUUUGUAAAACCUGCAAUUCAGGAGAAAAGGAAGACGCCGCCUGUGUCUCCAGACUCUGAGGGCACAGCAGCUCGGCUUGAUGAACAACAGCAAGAGAUGGCUGCCUCUGCUGCCUUCAUUGAUCAGCACUAUGGGCAUCUGAUUGACACUGUGCUCGUGAGGGAGGACCUGCAGGGCAUCUGCAGCCAGCUCAGAGCUGUCAUAGAGAAGCUGAGCAAGGACACUUUCUGGGUCCCCAUCGACUGGGUGAGGUAACUUCAUCCCAUAGCAUCAAGUCUGGCCGGACCUUGAAGACCGUAUUGUCUAGCCUCCCUCGCGUGUCGUCAAGUACGGAGAGGGACAGGAUUCCCACAGACUGUCGUCACCGAGUAUUAGUGGGAAGCCUUGUUUGGUGUUGGUUUUUUGUCUGUCUUUUUGCACUGCACCCCUUCGCGAGUUGAGUUGAAAGGGGCAGUUCAUAGAAUAACAUGUCAUCCAUGAAAAUCUCGUAGGCAAGUUGGCCUUGUUCCUUUGUACCAAAGCUAUGUAGCCACUGUCUUUUGGGGGUGGUGGUGGUGAAUUUAUAUAGUGAUUUACAGUGAUGAUUCAGCUUUAUAAAUAUGACAUUUCACCGGUCCAACUUUGUUGGGAAUUGUUUUCCCCACGAGUAUCUUCUGUGCAAAUGACCUGUCUUGCAGCACUGAAAUAUUACUUAAAAAUUUUUUUGGGUAGUGCUUGCCUGGUGGUAGAGAAAUUGGUCCCCUGCCUUUCCACAUAGUGCGUACACAUGAUGUUUUCCCUGCAAGACAGAGGCACACGUGACAGUCCACAUGGCUCACUAGUGGGUUCAACAAUGCAGCAGUGCCUUCGGGGACUCUUGAGGAAUGUCAGGCUGCCCGUCCCCUUUCUGAAUACCCCCACGCCCCUGAAAGUGAGUCCUUGCUGUGUUUGAUUUGUCCUGUAAUACCAGCUCUCCGUCAUUAUGCCUUGGUCCUAGGCUUUCUGUUUUCAGUUCGGGGCUCCUGUUGUGCUAGAUUGUGGGGAAUCAGGUGACUUCCGUCUGUCAAAGCUGUGUCUCAGCCACAAUAAAUCAGUCCUGUCAAAAGUG